CUCUGGUAGAUCCAGCGACACAAAAUCAAUUGGUAGCCUCAGUCAACAUUUCUUUGAAAGUGACGAAGAUGAGAAAUAUUAUGGCACUUGUAACGGUUAUGCUUCCCAGCCUGGCAGCAAGUCAAAUUUAUUGUUAUGCAGUCAUUCUAUCGUGAUCAAGACUAUCAAAGAAGUUGGUCCAAAAAGUAUGAACAGGAACAUGACCGAAGAGACUAUGAAGACAGAGACUUGAAGCAGGAUGAUGACAGUCCUGUCUGUGAAAUCUGUCAUGGAAAUGGUCAAGUUGUUCAAUGUGAGCAUUGUGAUUUUUCUAGCGAAGGUGAUUUAAUAUGCUUCAGAUGUCAGAGCGACGAAGGUUCAUCAAAUGGUCAAAAUUGUCCUCGUUGUGAGAAGGAUGAGAGAAUAUUAUCCAGUAGAGUAGGAUCACAAAGGGGAACAACAUCAUCCAGCGAUGAAGGAAAAUACCCAGUAGAUGCUGUAGUAAAAAUUCAAGUUAAUGACCAUAUGAUUGAUGUAGACUCGGAUGAGACGCCUGAGAGUGACUUAUCAAGUAGUCAUCACCAUCAAAGGAGUACAAUGGAACGUCUAGAUACUAUUGUUGAGGCAAAGGGAGACACUGCCAGUGAAAAUGACGAGGAAAACGGGGGUACAAAAUUAAAUGGAACUAACAGCGCAAGAUAUCUCAAUUAUAUGAUCGUACUGUUUCUGUAAAUAACAUGGUUACGGUAGCUGCAGUUGAGCUAUGGAUUAUGUUGGUAAAUGGAGAGUAUUGUUUCGUUGAAAUUAGAAGUUGAGAAAUAAUAAUAUAAAAAUACUUGUAAUACUUUAUAAGUUUCAAAUAAUUUCAUGAUAGCAAUAUACAUACAUUUAUACUGCACUAUUCUAGUACUGUUAUAAUACCAUACUAUUUAUGCUAAUAGUAUCAAAUAGUAUACUAUUAUAACAUUUCUUAUUACAUAAAGAGAAACCACUUUUUAAUAGUAUUUCACAUUGAAUUUAAAAUAAUGUAACAUAAAUCC